AUGGCAAAGAAGAAGUCGCACAAAGCCUUCAGGUCCUUGGCAACAAGGAGCAAUUCCCACUGGGCGAAACCCCCCUCUGAAACUCAGAAAAAUAACCCUGUGGAAGAAUCGACCGUCGCGCAAGACACGAACGAGAUGGAGGGCAUUGAGGGGCCUCCUACUAAGAGGCGAGCUCUGGGCACCGGCAAACUGAACGCUAGAUCUUUUGAAUAUCGCGACCUGCAAGACAGAACACGCCGAAAGGUAAAGUGUCCUUCCAAUCCCGGGAAGAAAAGUCAAUCUCUUUGCAUUCGCGGUCGAGUACAACACCGAAACGGAGGACCUCAUUGUGGUGGCUCUCGGCAUGGUUUUGAAGUUCGAAUACGUGACCUCUCCCCUGUUGAGGAUGAACCCGAGUUGAAGGACGAUGAUCCGCAUUCUUCUCAGAGAGACGAGCCCGCAGUGACCGGGAAGACAAAAGCAACCUGGAUGAGCCAGGAGGAAGCCAACGCUGCUGCUUUUUGUCUUGGGCCUCUUGAUGCGAUCAUGUUGUGA